CGCAGAAUGCAGAAAAUAAACAUAUGUGUCUGUUUACGUCACAGCCGCGUCACCAAAAAUUAGAUUUGCGGUUGUUCGUUGGUUCCGUGGCAGCUUUUCGGUAGAAAUAAUCACCUUUCGGUCCAUCAAAAUGGAAUUAGUGAAAGAUCUUGUAAAUAACCAACUCACCCUCUACCUGUUACCUGUGGCUUUGGUCAUUAUUGUAGUGAUUCUAGUGUUCACAUUCGGAUUCAAAUCGGCAGAACAACCACCUUUCGACAAACUCACCAACGAUGAUCGAAAACAAGCAGGGAAAAAGAAGAAAAUCAAGGAAAAGAAAACCACCGCCAACGGACACGUGUCUACUGGUGAUGCAAAAACCGAGAAAUCACCAGUCAAAGAUUCAAAAAGGUCGCCAACCAAAGAUUCGACCGACUCUCAAAAACCAAAAGACAAGAAAAUAGAAAACAACAAACAGGCCGAAAAGAAUAAGAAGAACGAAGCCAACAAAAAUAAAGUGAUCGAAGAAGUGAAAAACAAGAAGAACUUGAAGAAAUUCCUCAGUGAGAAACCAGUGGAUUUCGACGAUGGCAACUGGGAGACCGUUCCCAGCAAAGCCGAUAAGAAGAAGAAACCCGAUCAGAGUCCAGCCAAGAAGGACAAGAAGUCGAAAAAGGUCGAGAAAGCGGCCGAAAUUGAAAAGUUAGUCAAGGAAGUGGUUAACAAGGAGCUGCGUGAGAAGGAAAAGGAGAUCAAGGUUGAGAAACCUGUAGAGGAACCGAUUCAGAUUGAGGAGCCUGUUGUCGUGAUUGAAGAGAAGAAAGAAAAGAAGAAGGAAAAGAAGGCCAAGAAGGAGAAUGAAAAACCGGUUGAGAAAGAACCGCCGGUUCCAAAGGAAGUUCCUAAACAGAAGGUUGAGAAAGUGAUUGAAGAGAUUAGGGAAGAACCGCCCAAGACUCCCGUCAAAGAGGGAGGCGUUGCCUUCGACGAGCUGGGAGAUGUUUGGACAGAAGCGAAGGUGGCGAAGAAGAGUAAGAAAAAAGCGCGUAGAGAUAACUAGAAGUAGUUCAACAAAUCAGAUAUUGUAUGUGUCAGGUAUGUGAUUACGACUAUGUGCUACGAGACAAGAUCUCAAACCUUAAAAAGACUUAAGUAGCUGAUUAUCACAGAAUUUUGAACUCAUCAUUCAUUCAAACAUACUCAAAAGAAUAACGAGUGCAACGUGGCAUGAUAGUAUUCACAAUCAAACGAAAGCUUUUUUAAGUAAAUGUCUAGAUAAGAGGUGGCAGCAUAGCUGCAAUAUUCAAUGUGCAUUCCAUGAGGUCAUGUAGUUUUGUUUGUUUCAUUUUGUUGAUUUUUUUCAUUUAGCAAUUUGUAUUUUGUGCCAAUAAAAUCAAAUGAAUGUCUGACCUAUCCAAUGAAAUAAAUGGCCUUAUAGUCUUGCAGUGUGUUGCAAAUAUGCGAUAUUUUUAAUAAUAUAUUUUUGCGAGAAGAGUAACAAUCGUAGGUUAACGUCUUCCAUAUUUGUUGUUUGUUUCAUAUUGUCACACUUCAUUGUAGAUAUUUUGCUCAGAUUUUGUGCAUCAGCCUAAUUAAUAAGUUCUAACUAAGCUUCAAUCUAUUGCUUCCUCGACCAAUGACGGGAAACUUUCUUCAUUGCUUAAGGAAGCUGUGAAAUUAUUUACUUGAGAUUAUGUGCAUGUCCAAGCAGCGACAAAUUGAAAAUCAAAAUUUAGCAAUCUUUUGACAUUUCUGUGGUGGCAUAUAGUCUCAAGUGAAGGGUCUUGCCUGAUCAAUAUUUUUACUGCAAGUAGUCAUUUUUUAUUGUAGAUUUAAGGUAAAUAAAUGUAGUGUAUUUUUAUUUCCUAUAAACUAUUUUUAAUGCGUGUAUCAUAUUGUAACUAAUGUGUAAAAUUAAAUAUUUGAUAUGUUUUCAAUGUAAAGUUUUGUUGAAUAUUCUAUGUACUUUUCAUGUCGACUGUAACGGGUACACAAAAACAUAUUGCCCUAACGAGCAAGUAUUUAUGAUAAGAAAAUUAGUCAUUUUUAUUUUAGUUGCUUGAUACGGCUCGAGUUUGAUUAUUGUAAAUAACUCCCGUAUUUGAUAUUUGAAAUGUACAUUGAUCGGCUUUGUGUUAGUUUGUUUUGCUGUAGAGACACCCUAAGGUGGUUAAAUUGUUUGUCAUCUAUUUAUUUUAGUCCAGUUUUCUUUGAAUAUGACAAGCUUAUUUGUUUCGUGGAAUCAAAUAAGCCGCCGUUGUGUAAUUAAAUUGAAUACAAACCUGUAUUGUGUACAUACUGUGUUAUUACAUUACUUGUACAUCGUUUUGUAUAAGGUCUGUGGAGUGUUAUCUUUUGGGGACCAUUUUCAGAAUAUAUUUUGAAAAAUUUAAA